UUUUUUUUUUUUUUUUUUCUUGUUUUUCUCUCCCCGCCCCGUUUGGAUCAGAAGGCCAUCGUGUUUCGCUCCCCGUCAUGCUUAGCCUUGCUGCACGUCGUGGCGGAUCCACAGCCGCUUCUGCCGUGACUGCCCUGCGGCGAGCCAUACACACCGACAGCGGAGUGGCGGCGGCGGCUGCAGCAUCCUCAGCGACUGCUACUCCAACCAUAGACAUUUCCGCCAUCGACAUGCCGUCGACGGUCGAUGCUGCUCUCCGUGCCUCGCAUGCCCGCGCUUCCAAGAUUGCGGCGUUGGACGCAUCAUCGUCGGCAUCGCGCCCCACCGUCUCUGCUGAGGCACUGACCGCUCGUCUCCUCCGCGAGAACGAGCUGAUAGACAACUUUCACGAUCGAGCCGAGGAGAUUGACUUGCGCCAGGAGGAGGACCCCGAUCCUGAUGAAGACUUGUCGCACUUGGACGUGGCGGCCAUGAACCACCUCCAGCGCGCCGAGCAGCUCGUCGAAAUGCUGAAGGGCGAGGAUGAAGUUGAGCCCGACGAGGAAGCACUGGACAAUCCGAAGCAAAUCGCUCGACUGUUUGCCUCUGCGGAAGAAUCUGCUGCUCGCAUGGCCCAGCGAUCUGCAAAGGAACAGGAGGACUUUGUCCUGCGAGCCAACUUGUCCUUGCUGUCGUCGGCGCGUUGGUCGCCUCCGCUCUUUGCCCACGAGUUUGAGAACAAGGAGAUUGCUGCUUUGCCAACCGCGUUGGCCGGUUCUUCCAACCUUGCUUCUGUUUACAAGGAGCUCCGUGCAAAGCUUUUGCACAUCCCGCUGACAGUCUUCGCUGAAAAAACAGCAGAGGAAGUGCUCCUUGAAGAUGUGCCAGCGCUGCCGCCGACUAAAGUGGCUGUUACGGAGGAUGCGCCGACCUUGGUCUCGGCGCGAGCUGGAAAUCUUUCGUCGACGGCUGGUGCUCUGCUGUCCCAUUCGGCGCCUCUCGCGGACGGAUUCAGUGGUGAACGAUGGCUUGCACAGGCCGCCGCCGAUCGUCCCGCGUGGGAGACGUUGAGCGCAACUCAGCGACGCGCCGUUUUCGGCGCCGUGUUCACCGUCUUUGCGGUGGCGGACAAUGAUGUUAUGCUUGCUUUGCGCCAUGGUCAAAUUCCCGAUGACGUACAUCUUGCUGAAGAGGGUGCGUUUGAGAAGCUGAUUGGCGCGAUUGCACCCAACGCACUCUCAUUCACGGCGAUUGCUGCCGCUGUCCGUCAAGCUACCCCGUCGGGUCCAAGGGCCGCCUUUGCGUUGGCCGCUGAGCAGUUGAUGCACAAGUAUGCUUCAAACCCUGCCGCCGCUCCCGCUACCUCUGCUACUGCUGCUGGCGCGGCAUCUCCUGCGGCGGAAGUUGAUUCUGCUGACUCGCCAUCGCUUUUGGCGACCACAAGCGAGCUUGCCACCCAACUUGUGUCCCUGCACACCCAAAUUAUCGCCUUGCGCACGUCCUUGUUGACUGAGACGACCGCGACCAGCAACGAGACCACUGCCAAGCUGGCUCAGCUCGUGCACCAGCGAGCUGCCGUUGUGGCGCAACUUCGCGUUCGCCGCGGCAUUCCAGCUUCGGCGGUCGCCGAGUUGAGCUCGCUGUCGCAACUGCAGCCGUCCUUGCUUGAUCGCAUGUCGGAUCACCUGCAACAAGUGGCUACUGCAGCCAAACUGGAUCUGGACAUUCCGACCGAUCCAGAGGCUGCCGAGGAUUGGACUGCGGCCUUCUGUUCGGCUUGGCUGAGCAGCCGCGAGGCCCGCAACCAGGCGCUGGACAAUCUGGAGAAACGACGACUGGUCGCCCCACUGGUUGUUGACGAUUCCAUGGGCGUGUUGAUUGUCCCGUUGUAUCGCGUUCUGCGCCACCUGCGUCGGCCGUCGGCUGAUCGCCAAGCGCCGCUGCCCAUCUUGUCCGAAGAAGAGGUCGAAGAGCUUGAGGCCUUGCAAAACCUUUCUGGCUUGGAAUCUGAUAUGGUGACGGCGGUGCUCGAGGCGCUUGAACGAGCACAAGUAGAACAAGAAGAAGGAGAAGCAGCAGCAGCAGCAAAAGGAGAAGAAGAAGUACCUAGCGACGACUCAAGAUCAUCGUUGCCGCAACAGCGCUCGCCCGACUCGACCUCGUCAUUGCAGCUGGAGCGCUCGUCCAUCAUGGCCGCCAUUCACGCCAUGGCCCAGCUGCCGACUGCCAGCAUCCAGUACGCGCACCUCACCAAGCAGAUGCAGCCCGCUCAAGCCAUGCUGUUGCGCGAGCUCAACAAGAUCCCGUCGGCCGAGGAGCGUGGAGCCCUUUGGCAGCACGCCCUUCACCGCGACACUGAAAAUGCUCUGUACGCGCUGGUGGGGCCCGAGCUUGAGGUUGUUAUCAAGCAGCAACUCGUCGCAGAGGAAAAGGCCGAGGAUGCCACGCAGGCACAGGCAGCCGACGAGUACGCAAAGUACCAUCUGGAGCUUGUCGCCGAGCUUAUGGACGAGGAGGCAGACAUGACUUCGGCUUCGGGCGCCGAAAUUUCUGCCGAAAAGACGCUUCUGCAUCGCCUCAAUGCGGCUCGUGAGGCUGCGCGCGAGUUGGACCUGCACACAUACCUUUUCCAACCCGACGAACUUGCCAAGCUCUCCCCUGAGGAGAUCAAGAGCCGAAUUGCCGAGUUUAAGGGCACGACGGUAACCGAAGCAGCAGAAGCAGCAGAAGCGACCGAGACCGCGGACAACCGGACUGAGCCGACCGAGGAGGAGGUGGAGGAGGAAACGGAUGUGGACGCCUCUGACGCGAUGGAGGCUGUUCCUUUCGUGCACUCUCCGCUCGCUCAACUUGCGGCAGCCGACGUCCAGAACCUUGACGCCAAGUUUGCUGAAGAGUUUUCUGCCGUUCCCAACGCUGACAUUUUUGACUUUGUCGUUCCGGAGGCAGAGCUCUCGUUGAACGAGCGCCGCGAGGUUCGCGAUGGCGCCCUCUCUGGCCACAAGGUGCGUUUCGUCCAAGGAUUUUUGGAAGGGAGCCGCAACUCGUCCAUCGUCCAGGAGCGUGUUGCCCGCACCUCUCGCGUCAGGCGCGCAUCCGCCUUGGUGCGAUCAUUCUUCUCUCCCAAUGCCUCGCAGCUCAGUCACGGUGUUGCCAACCAGCUCGAACGUUCUCAACGCGAGGCGCUGCAGCACGGCAUCGCGUCCGAGGUUUCGCGCAUCCAGAUGCCUGGCGAUGGAUGGAUUCGACACAAGCCGUCAUUCGAGUAUUUCAACACCCCCAACGGCCGAUCGAUCAUGUCCAAGCUUUCAGUGCUGCCAAUGUCGGGUAUUGACUCGGACAGCGGUGCGGCGUCUUUGCCAGCGUCCCAGCUCCCCAAGAACGGCUUUUCUUUCGAAGUGCCGUCCGUCUCGGUGGCCGGCGUGGCUGCUCUUCAAAGCGGCAGCAAGGGAGGCGCGUUCGCCAUCCGAUCGAGCUUCUCGCACCAACCGCUUGAUGCGCAUGUCAAACCCACCCAAGUCCAGCACCUCACGGUUGCCACCGACGCUGUGGCUGCCCAGAAGAAGGCGCUUGCGGCAGUGUCAUCCGCCAAGACUGCCGAGGAGGCCCAAGUGGCUGUCACCAAGGCUCUGCUGGGCUCCACGGCCAGUGGCGCCAAGUCCGCUGCUGCCGUCAAGAGCAAGGCCCCCGUUUCGGCAGCCACGUUUGAUCCGACUCGCACCAUCCCGCAAAUUGACGUGUCCAUGCGCUCGGCUGUUGACGCGGGCCAGUUCACCGCGUUCAACAUGAGCGGCGCAUACCGCGCCAGCCAUGAGGGCCUCACGAGCACGACGCCAAGUGCGCAGCUUUUCCAGAGUCACAUUUCUCGCGCGCUCACCCGUCGCCGUAUUGUCUCGACCGCCGUCUUGUAUGGACAGCGCGCCAUGUACGAGGAAUGCUUCUUGCACCUGGCUCAUGCCAAAGCCCAAGGCGUGCCGCUGUCUGCAGCAGACUAUCUGGCGUUGAUUGCACCCGUGCUGGACCACUCGACGAUGCACGGUCUCGCCCUCCUUCGAGUCGCCAUGCAGCCCAAGAAGUACGCCGCUCAGCUUGCGAGCGCGGCUGGCGACUCGGCACAGUCCUUCUUCAACGCUCCAGUGACGGCCAUCGCGCUGGAACAACCCGCGCUGAAGCAGCAAGUCCAGUUCGUCCUCGAGUCGAUGCAACACGGUGCCCCUCCGAUGGAGCAGCUUGUGCGUGUGCUUGCCCGUGCGUUGCUGCCCCGCAAGAGCGUGCCUUCCAGCGGCGUCAAGCCAAGCGCCAAGGCAGCAGCGACCGAUGCAAUCUCCACCGAUUCUGCCUUGGUUUCGGAGCUCCAGGCCAUGCUGACGUCUUUUGACGCGUAUCGCGAUCAGCUGGUUCCCCUCGGACCACUGUUCUCGUCCUCUCGAUCCUCGGGAGCAGCAAAAUCGGCCACUCCAGAGCCCGCUGGAUACAGCGCUGCCCUCGAGGCGCGCAUUGGCGAAAUGCUCGUUGCGCUCAACACCACCCCGGUCGGCCCGUUUGCACCUUCUCUCCCUCAGGCACCCUCCACCGCCGACAAGGACGACGAAUUGGUAUCCGUCGCCGAGGCCAAAUGGGAGCGCGCUUUGGAGCAGCGCUCGGCCAGUUCUCAGCUGCAGCCCCAGCAGCAGUCAUCCGUCAACCCCGCCGACCUCAAGGAGCGGCUGGACGACAUUGAACUCGGAAUUCGCGCCAGCAUUGCCGCCCUUGAUAAGGAUGUUGCGGCAGUUGCGACGGCCAGUGGAGCGGAAGCCGGCACGUCCACCGUUUCGGACACCGCCUCCUCCUCCUCCUCCUCCUCCUCUGCCUCUGCCUCCACCAGCAAGUCUACCGGCAAGACUGCCAGCAAGACGGCCGCCCCUGCACCUCUGCCAGCUGUGUUGGAGUGGUGGCAGGCUCUUGAACAGCAGCCAGAGACAGCAGCAGCACUCUUGCGUGCGGCGUCGCAUGAUCGUGACAGUUAUCUCGAACUGCGUUUCCAAUUCCUUCAGCAUGCCCGCGGCCAAGCAGCGGCCGAGUGGACUCCGGCAACGUGGCAGCCAACACAGGGCAAAACCGAGCGCUCAGCCGCCUCGGACGUUGGCGAAUUUGCCUACCCUGUCCAACAAAUGGCAUCGCUGGUUGCGCACUUCCUGUCUGCCGAGUCCGCCCCGCAGAUUGAUUGCGCCGCCCUCGAGCAAGUGCUGCUUGUCCGACUUCAGCAGACAUCUGUGCAUGCUGGCUGGUCGGUGCAUGUUCGUGGUUGCUUCUACCUGUUUGAUAUGUUGCGCGAACACAAGCACCAACCCAGUGCCGAAGUUUACGCUUUGUUGGUCCGGUCUUUGCUGCAUGUGGCAUCGAGCAGCGCGCGGCUGGAAGGCGCUCAGGACCUUUUGGCCGAGUUCGGACAACCUGCGACGCCCGAAGUGGCCCAGGCGCUCCUCGAAGUGUACAUUGCCUCGGACGCAUUGACUGCCGCAAUGGCUCUGGUCAAGGAUGUCCACACCCGCCAGCUCAAGUUGCCCCUUGCUUCCUACAGCAACUUGGCCCAGUUUGUGCACGACCAUUACACGCGUCGUGCUGCAGCCCUGGUCAAAGCCCCGAAGGGAAGCGAAAUUGCCUCCGCAGACGCUGCCGUCAGCUUGGCUCACGCCGCCACUCUGCCAUACACUCUUCUGCAGGCCGCAAUUCGUGGGCUUGCAGACCGCAGCGCGCUGACUCCCGCCGAUUUGGAAUCGGUGGUUUCAAUGGUGGCUCGCUUGCCCUCACAUGCUGCCUUUGCCACCGAGUUGCUCAAGUACGGCCUGCAACACUUGCCAACGCAAUUGGAGAAGGUGCAAUUUGUCGUUGCUGCACAACCCUCUCUCCCGAUCGCUGGUGAUGCUGUGUUUUCCGAGCUGCUGGCUGCAGAGCCAAGUUUGCUGGAACGCGUUGACGAAGAAACGGCAGAAAUUCUGCAAGCGCUUUGCGCUUUUGACACCCCAGCAGUUGUGGCACAACUGAUCGCACGAUUCACAGCCACGCUGCAAAUGGCCUUCCAGUCCGAGGUGGAGGACAAUCUGCCGCUUGUGGCUGCUAUUAAAUCGGUUGUUCGCCGUGCCGCUGGCGUUGCUCUGCAUCCGAGCCAGCGACAGCACCUGCCAGCGGUGCAGUUUGAAGAGUUUUUGCUCAGCAUCCCAACUGUCCUCCUCGCUCAGGUGAAUGUUGCCGAGCUCUUGCUGGACGGCGCUUUGUCCGCUGGCGUUGCCGCGGACGUUGCCGCGACCGCUAUUCUCCGGCUUGCGGAUGGCAAAAUCGCUUCUGUUUCGGACCCCAUCCCUCUGCUCACGCUCCUCGCAAAACGGCAGGAGAAUGAGGCUUUGCUUGACCUCACUGCGGCGUUCGUCGUCCGAGGACAUGAAAUCGACGCUUCUGAACGCCUCGCACUGCAACAGCUUCUAGCGGACGAGGGCGCUCGAAGCGCACUUGCUGUGCUCUGCUCCCAGCGUCAAGCCGUCCAAGCAAGCCAAGAGUAAUAACUCAAAGUUAUAUUCUUGCUGCUGUUUCAUCAUCAAAACAAGGCGCCCCUCCGCUUUUGCGACACGAUUGCUCUCUUCUUGUAUUCUUUGUAGGUUGCAAACAAAUCAAACUAAAUCUCAAACCUCACAAAACGGCAAGCAAAACAAGACUGAUCGCGCUGUAUUUCUACACCUCUGUCAAAUACCGCGAUAAAUCAAAGCUAACACUUCGUGCAACAGCAAGAGCAAAAUCCCAAGAUACGUUGCAGCGUAGUUUGACGGC